UAGAAUAUCUAAGAUGGCGACGUCUGUCCGAGACACGGCACUUUGGCUGCACAACAAGCUGGGCGCCUCGGACGAUCUGUGGGCUCCCACCUCCGUCACCAGCCUGCUGACGCCCGACACGCUGUACAACACCCGGCAGUGUUUCCUGGAGCUGCAGGUUCCCGUCAAACUCAAGCUGCUCCUGGCACUGGUACACCUGCCCAGACGACAACUGCAAGAAUCCUCUGCUUCCGUGGAACACGUUAUUUCGCAGGCCCUGCAGGAUGACGAUGCCUGGGUGCGGAUGAUCGCUGACGUCGUGCGGUCCUACCCCAAAUCCGGCACCCUCAACACCCACCUGGAGGACAGCCAGUCCGUGUACGGAGACACGGUGGAGAACCUGCGCGGCCCCGUGUCCGAGGUGGACACCUCCUCCCUGCUGCCGCUCGAAUGUAAGUACUUGAACAGAACGGCCCUGAACGCCAUGCUCGGUCAGCAGCCUCCUCCCGUCAAACACUUCGCGUUGAAGAGGAAACCGAAGUCUGCGACGCUGCGCGCGGAACUCCUACAGAAAUCCAGCGAGGCCGCCGCGCAGCAGAAGAAGGGGAUCCCCAGCACCCCGAUUCCGGGAAAGGCGCGUACGCUCUCCGUCGGACGGCGGAUCGACACCACCACGCCACUGAGAGGGAUCCCAAAGUCGUUCACGGCGAGCAGUCACAGCGGGUUUCACGGCAGCUCGGCUACGGGAGGGCGCAGUGUCGCUCGCCUGGCCGCCAUGACGGCUUCCCGGAAGGGAGAGCGAGGGGCCAAGUUCCUGGAAAUUGAGGAGCAGCCAUUGGGAGGUCAGGCCAAGAGGAGGAAGAGAAUGCAGGAGGAGAGUCAGGAGAAACAGAAGCAGAAGGAGGAGAAGGAGAAGGAGGAGGCUGCCACCGCCACGCCUGACUACGCCGCCGGGCUGCUCGCGGCCGCUGCCACGGCACAGAAGAACGCCGUUCCCGUCACCACGAUAGAAGUGACUGCACCCUCCUACGCACCCAGCACAGCCCUGAGAACUAACACACCGGGGACUGCACCCGCCACACAGACUAGUGCUACAGCAGCCUCUCAGUCGCAGCAGAAGAAAGGUCUGUCUCUGACACGGGAACAGAUGCUGGCAGCACAAGAAAUGUUCCGCACCUCAAACAAGGUCACACGUCCAGAAAAGGCGCUGAUUCUGGGUUUCAUGGCGGGUUCCCGCGAGAACCCGUGUCCUCAGCAGGGGGACAGCGUCACCAUCAAGCUGAGCGAACACACGGAGAGCGUGCCCAAACCGGACGGGACCGGCGAGGCCACCAUGGUCGUGGAUACGCUCUUCGAAAUGAACUACAAAACGGGCGAGUGGAAGAGACUGAAGAAAUACAGGCCAACAGUGUGAUCUGUAUUUCUGUCCAGUUUCUUAUGAAAAAAACUUCGCACCGUCUUACAAAAAACUUUGCACCAUCUUACGAAAAACCUUGCACCAUUAUAGAAGUGACUGAAAAAAUGCAGACAAACGGAAAAAUACAGGCCAACCGUGUGAUCUAUAUUUCUGUCCAGUUUCUUAUGAAAAAAGCGUCGCACCAUUUUACAAAAACUUUGCUCCAUCUUAUGAAAAACUUUGCACCAUUAUAGAUGAGGCUGAAGAAAUACAGACCAACCGUGAGAUCUGUAUUUCUGUCCAGUGUCUUACAAAAAACUUCACACCAUCUUAAAAAAGACUUCGCACCAUUCAUUAUAGAAGAGAGUGAAGAAAUACAGACCAACCGUGUGAUCUUUAUUUCUGUCCAGUCCAAAUUCUUACAAAAAAACUUUGCACCAUCUAAAGGAUGAUUGUACUGUGAUGUAUAAAUUAGAUGAUAGUGACUACUUGCUACUCAAGAUCAACAGUAAAAAACAGGCGUAGAAGAGACUGAAGAAAUACCAAGGAUGUGAUCUGUGUUUUUCUUCAAAUGGAUAGCAAACUAUCUCGUUUAAAGAUAAAACUUUUGAUCCAGCUCAUAUAUGUUUACGUUUUAACAUGUAGCCAACACAGAUGAACUGUGGUCAUAAUAACAAACUAUCUCCCAUCUAGUAAAAGGUCAGUCUGCAUUAGC